GCGGCAGCGGCAGCGGCAGCACAUGGUUCCAAGAGCCCGCUGCGGUUGUCGGGUUCCAAUUCCGCGGGGAGGGACAAAGGCAGCUGCGAGCUUCUGACAACGCCGGACUGAGUGGUUCUCUCGUCUCUGUUCUCGAUCUGAGGCUUUGAAAGCUGAGACUAACUCUGCCUGAGGAGGAGCCACGGGACCAAGGCCCAAGAAGGGUGGCUGAGGAGAGUGGGGGAGGGGCGCCGCCCGGUUGAGGUGAUUAGGGUCGGUCAGUUCUGAGGUGUAGUAGUGGACCAUCUUGAGAUAAUUUAAGGCACCACCCUAUGGAGAUUGGGGCUGGACCGCAACCAGUUUUUUUCAAGUUUUGGAAAAAAAAAGCAUCUCUUCCGAUUGGGAAUUGGUGACCGGAACUAGACCCAUAUGCGUUGCUAGGACACCGUGGUCUCCAUCUAGGGCUUGUUUCAGGAUCCUGCCAUCACUGGUGGCGAAGACGUGAGUGCAUAUUCAGUUUUAUGACAGUAGUGGGUAAAUUUCCGGCUUGGUAAAUUUUCUAGUCAGGAAAUUUAAGGCAAAAAAGGGCUCGAAGAACGUUAAGAUGAAAAAAUAACCGACAGUGAGCUCAAUAACCGUCGACUCCAGGACCAUUCACUUUCGACUCUGUCUGAAUUGAAGUACCGAAACUUAAUGCUAAAAGCUCUUUGGUGCUGCAGGUUUAUGACAAAGUUCUUUCCAAAAUAUUACGUCAUAGAAGAUUUUAAAAUACUUAAGACAUCAGUUGCAGUUUUGAAUAUCUGAAUACAUUUUGGUUAGAUACUCGCUAACUUGCUUCAACAAUCCUUAAAGAAUAGAGACAACGUUUACUGACAGAGUUAAGAAAAGUUUGUUCCAUUGGGUAAAAGACUGGAGCUCUCCCAGCAGUCAUGGCUUUCACAUAUUACAGCAGUCUGAAUCGAGCUCAGCUAACCUUUGAAUAUCUGCACACAAAUUCAACCACUCAUGAAUUUUUAUUCGGAGCCCUUGCUGAACUGGUUGAUAAUGCAAGAGAUGCUGAUGCCACUAGAAUAGAUAUUUAUGCAGAAAGGCGAGAGGACCUUCGAGGAGGGUUUAUGCUCUGCUUUUUGGAUGAUGGAGCAGGAAUGGACCCCAGUGAUGCUGCCAGUGUGAUCCAGUUUGGGAAGUCAGCCAAACGAACACCCGAGUCCACCCAGAUUGGGCAGUAUGGGAAUGGGUUAAAAUCGGGCUCAAUGCGUAUCGGGAAGGAUUUUAUCCUCUUCACUAAGAAGGAAGAUACCAUGACCUGCCUCUUCCUGUCUCGCACCUUUCACGAGGAAGAAGGCAUUGAUGAAGUGAUAGUCCCAUUGCCCACCUGGAAUGCCCAGACCCGGGAACCUGUCACAGACAAUGUGGAGAAGUUUGCCAUUGAGACAGAGCUCAUCUACAAGUAUUCUCCUUUCCGUACUGAGGAGGAAGUGAUGAGCCAGUUCAUGAAGAUUCCUGGGGACAGUGGAACACUGGUGAUCAUCUUUAAUCUCAAGCUCAUGGAUAAUGGAGAGCCUGAACUAGACAUAAUCUCAAAUCCAAGAGAUAUCCAGAUGGCAGAGACUUCACCAGAGGGCACGAAGCCUGAACGGCGCUCCUUCAGGGCCUAUGCUGCUGUGCUCUACAUUGAUCCCCGGAUGAGGAUCUUCAUCCACGGGCACAAGGUGCAAACCAAGAGGCUCUCCUGCUGCUUGUACAAGCCCAGGAUGUACAAGUAUACAUCUAGCCGUUUCAAGACCCGUGCGGAGCAGGAGGUGAAGAAAGCAGAGCAUGUAGCAAGGAUUGCUGAAGAGAAGGCCCGGGAGGCAGAGAGCAAAGCUCGGACAUUAGAAGUACGCUUGGGUGGAGAUCUCACACGGGACUCCAGGGUGAUGCUGAGACAGGUCCAGAACACUGCCAUCACCCUGCGCAGAGAAGCUGAUGUCAAGAAGAGGAUCAAGGAGGCCAAGCAGCGAGCACUCAAAGAACCUAAGGAAUUGAAUUUUGUUUUUGGGGUCAACAUUGAACACCGAGACCUAGAUGGCAUGUUUAUCUACAACUGUAGCCGCUUGAUCAAGAUGUAUGAGAAAGUGGGCCCACAGCUGGAAGGGGGCAUGGCAUGUGGUGGGGUUGUCGGGGUUGUCGAUGUGCCCUACCUGGUCUUGGAACCUACACACAACAAGCAGGACUUUGCUGAUGCCAAGGAGUACCGGCAUCUGCUGAAGGCGAUGGGGGAGCAUCUAGCACAGUACUGGAAGGACAUUGCCAUUGCUCAACGUGGAAUCAUCAAGUUUUGGGAUGAGUUUGGCUACCUCUCUGCCAACUGGAACCAACCCCCAUCCAGUGAGCUGCGUUACAAACGCAGGAGAGCAAUGGAAAUUCCAACCACCAUCCAGUGUGAUUUGUGUCUAAAGUGGAGGACCCUCCCCUUCCAGUUGAAUUCGGUGGAAAAAGAUUACCCUGACACCUGGGUUUGCUCCAUGAACCCUGAUCCUGAGCAGGACCGAUGUGAGGCUUCUGAACAAAAGCAGAAAGUUCCCCUGGGGACAUUCAAAAAGGAUCCAAAGACACAGGAAGAGAAACAGAAGCAGCUGUCAGAGAAAAUUCGCCAGCAGCAGGAAAAGCUGGAGGCCCUUCAGAAAACCACCCCCAUCCGUUCCCAAGCUGACCUGAAGAAACUGCCCUUGGAAGUGACAGCCAGACCUUCAACUGAGGAACCCACUCGGAGACCUCAGCGUCCUCGGUCACCACCUUUACCUGCUGUGAUCAAGAAUGCCCCAAGCAGGCCACCUUCCCUGCAAGCUCCCAGACCAGUCACCCAACCCCGAAAGGCUCCUGUCAUCAGCCAUCCCCCAAAGCCUCCUGCUCUGGCAGCCCGAGUAGAGGCCAGUACCUCCAGGCUACUCCAACCACCGGAGGCACCCCGAAAACCUGUGAACGCACCAGUCAAGAAUGCACCCCGGACCACGUCCCUGGUGCAGCCACUGUCAUCAUCUCUACUGCCCAACUCCAGGAGCUCUCGGGAGGUUACUGCAGCCAAAGUUAUCAAGACUCCAGUGGUCAAGAAGCCAGAGCCACCUGUUAAACUCUCCCCCGCUACCACCGGUCGUAAGCGGAGUCUUGGGGUCUCCGAUGAGGAAGAAGCUGAGGAAGAGGCUGAGAGGAGGAAAGACAAGUGUAAGCGGAGCAAAUUUGCUGUGAAGGAGGAGAAGAAGGAAUCCCAUGAGCUUUCAGACAGUGCUGGAGAAGAAGACCCAGCUGACCUCAGAAAGGCUCAGAAAGAUAAAGGACUACACGUGGAAGUGCGUGUGAAUAGGGAGUGGUACACAGGCCGCGUCACAGCCGUGGAGGUGGGCAAGAGUGUGGUGCGGUGGAAGGUGAAGUUUGAUUACGUGCCCACAGAUACAACUCCAAGAGACCGCUGGGUGGAGAAAGGCAGUGAAGAUGUGCGGCUGAUGAAACCACCUUCUCCAGAGUAUCAACCCCCUGACACGCAGCAAGAAGGUCGGGAGGAAGAGACUGUGCGGGCUCAGCAGGCUGUAGCCAUGGCAGAGCCCUCUACCUCUGACUGCAUCCGCAUCGAGCCUGACACCACUGCCCCAAGUACCAACCAUGAAACCAUUGAUCUCUUGGUCCAGAUUCUCCGGAAUUGCUUACGGUAUUUCCUGCCUCCAAGUUUCCCCAUCUCGAAGAAGGAGCUGAGUGUCAUGAAUUCAGAUGAGCUAAUAUCUUUUCCUCUGAAAGAGUACUUCAAGCAAUAUGAAGUGGGGCUCCAGAAUCUGUGCCAUUCCUACCAGAGCCGUGCUGACUCACGGGCCAAGGCGUCUGAGGAAAGCCUGCGCACCUCUGAGAGGAAGCUUCGUGAGACAGAGGAGAAGCUGCAGAAGCUGAGGACCAACAUUGUAGCACUCCUGCAAAAGGUGCAGGAGGACAUAGACAUCAACACAGAUGAUGAGCUGGAUGCCUACAUCGAAGACCUCAUCACCAAGGGGGACUGAGGGCCCAGGAGCCAGGAUGAGCUCCCCUGCCCACCUGCCCCUCAGCACAGCAGCUUCAGGGAGGGAGAUUCAUUUAUGGGUUGAUGGACUAAACCUUUGAUUUCAUUAAUGUAAGACAUUUGUGCUUUUGGAAGGACAGAUACUUUGAUUCUUUGAAUCUUCCUCCUUAAGUUUAUAAAUAUUUAUUUUUUAAAAGAAACAGGCUGUGCUUGCUGUGAGACCAUACAUUUUUUAUAACUCUUGGGUAAAGGACAGCAAAUUUAUACUUUGGCCAUACUAGGUUGCCACUUCAGCUUCUGACUCCUCAAAAUAGUGGUGAGACCAGCACCAUCCUGAAUUUGGAGAGAUUCCAGGGGCAUCUGUGAUACCUUUCCUCUCUCACAUCAGUGCUGUGAAGGUCUGCAGUUAGCUCCAUGCAGCUGUCCGUUAUCCUAGCUGUGGCAUCAUUCAGACAGUUUUGGGAAGAAAGAUCUUGCUAUUCAGCCUUCCCAUCCUCACUCAUGUUCUCUCUGAAGUACUGAUUUCCUCAGUUAACCAUGAACUGUGAUGUUUUCUGCCUCAGCUUGAGUCCAGGUUGAGGAGUAGACAGCUCCAGCUGGAUCAGAUCCAGAUCCCUGAUCCAAGUAGCACUUUGAGUAUUUAAUUCCAAAGGAUUUCUUAGGGAAGGAGCAGGUGUAUGAAAGAGCCCUGGUGCUGAGCUAGCAGAAUUCUCCAUCUGUGGCUACCUCAGAUGGUACAGGUCCCUGGAGAACCUGCUACUGUUUAUCUACUUCCCUUUUCCUAGCUCCACCAAGGUGAGGCACAGCCACUACUCCCAGGCAGUCAGAGGGACUGUCAGGGAAUUCAGAGGCAGUUCUGCAGGAAGUUCAUCUCGCCUUCCCGCCCUGUCCAGACACAGCCUCUUAGAAGCUGUGUCCGUCAAUAACUACUCAGGGGCAAAGACAGAGGCAAGAGUUGCUGAGUUUUAUCAGCCAUUGGGGGAAUUCUGUUUCCAUUUCCUGCAGCUUUUUUCCCAUUCCUGUUUGAGGCCUCUGAAAGCAUAUGAACUGUGGCCUGGUACCACUGAUUCAGACUUUCUUCAUUGUGUUUUCACCAUAACCUAACCCAGGUCAGCAGUGCCUACCAGCUGCCCUGUGAGGUCUGCAGAAGACCAAGAAGCAGUGGUGAGAGACUCAGGUAACACUGGAAUCGAGUCUUUCUCCACUUGUACAUGUGGCUGGAAGCACCUAUGACUGGUAGAUUCUGAGCUUCCCCAAACCUCAUCCACGAGAGGAUUGUUUGGGGAGAUGCAAGUCAGAAGUAGUCAUUUUCCUCUGGGACAUUCUCCAAGAGACUUGAAAUGCCCCUGAACCUGGUGAUCCUCCCUCAAAUCUGUUUUAAUCUAUAAGGAAGACAGUUCUGCUUU